AUGAACACCAUUCGAGCAUUCGAAAGCUUCGUCGAAGCUAGCAACGCACGCAACACUCAACCGAGUUCAGCGACGUCGCAUAACGACAUCGGGCAUGAUACUCCGUGUGAUCGAACUCCUCAUUGCUCAACGAUAGGACAUCAGAGUACACCUGAAAGUGUUGAUAAAACUUGUGUCAACGACGACAACAUCGACAUCGAUGAGGAUGAAGACAGUAAGAAACGAAGGCAACGUCGACAGCGAACACAUUUCACAAGUCAACAGUUACAGGAAUUGGAAGCGAAUUUCGCGAGGAAUCGUUAUCCUGACAUGUCAACAAGAGAGGAGAUCGCAGCAUGGACUAACCUCACAGAACCUAGAGUUAGGAUUUGGUUCAAGAAUCGGCGAGCAAAAUGGAGGAAAAGAGAGCGUAAUCAAAUGAAUGAACUGAAGAACGGUCUAGGUGCUGGUUUCAACGGCCUCAUGCAGCCUUUCGAUGAUGGCCUCUACUCAGGCUAUUCCUACAACAACUGGGCAGCAGCGAAAACUGCCAAUCCGCUCGGAUCAAAGAGCUUCGCGUGGUCGUUGAACACGGUUAAUCCCUUGUCGAUGACAAGCCAGCCGAUGUGUUUCAACCCACCGACGACUAUUAGCUCUACUUUCUCAGCGGCCACACCCGUCAAUGGCGUCGGUCAGCAAUUGAACUCUUUAAACAACGCAGCAGCCGCUGCUGGUGCACCCGGAUACCCGUAUGCCUCAGCGCCGGGUGCACCGGCUUACGUGUACAGAGAGCCUUGCUCAAACAGCAUAGCAUCACUACGACUGAAGGCAAAGCAACACUGCGAAAAUAUGACCGGAGUCAGUUAUCCGGUUCCUCAGAGUUCAUCUCUCUCGGCAUGCCAAUAUUCCGGUUUGAACGGAACGAUGUAGACUAGAAUCGUAUUAUCCCAACUAAUUAUCUAACAUUUUACCAAUCGUCUCACACUAAACAAUUGAUUCCCGUCUAUGAACCGGAAGAACAAACCUGCAUUCUGUAAUGCAAACCAAGGUCAUCAUUCUGUUGUCAUGGCAACUAGGAUAUAGUUCAACAGUCGUCUAGAGUUGAUCCUUGCAAACGAGUCUUACUGCUGUCAGAAUAAUCAUCGACAAUACAAGAUUCGUGAGAAUGGAUUUCCGAUAUACCACAACAGAGAAGAAAUAUCAUGGAAUUAGACAUUUAAUUUGCUCUACUGUCUGAAUAUCAAUAUUUGAAAAUAUAAUAUCUCUUUAAAAUAUACAUGAAAUACUUUAGAUUCCCCUUCUCACUUCCCGGGAAUAACGAAGUUUAUUGACGAUAAUUCUGAUAUGUAUGAAAUAAACAUUGAAUUAAUUUUAAGCGCCUUUAGUGGAAUAUGAAUUGUAGAUCAUCAUAAUUGGCAAUUUUAUGUAUCAUUUUUUUUCAAUUUGACUCUUCAAUGGAUAAGAAUUUGGUUUGCUUCCUCCUAAGAGCGUUUAAUUAAUAUUCUAAUCAUUUUUAUGACACCAUGCAUGGCAGCUUCUUAUAAAGUUUUCAAUAUAAAGACAUGGGUGGCACCAUGGAAUUGUAAGUUAUGAUGAGACGACCUGAAGCUCUUGUCGUGCUCUGUCUUAAUAUUGCAUAACAUGGAUCAUCCCACAUGCUUAUUUCGUCAACUUUUUACUUUCCCAUUUUUGUCACUACUUGAAAAUCAAAGGAGGGCGGUUGCCCCCUUGAAGUGCCGCCCCUGUGUGGAAAGGUUUUGUAAAAGUUUCCUCUAACAUUUCUUUUUAAAUAAUAUGACUGUAUAUCUCAAAUAAUCUCGAUAUUUAAGUAUACUUAAAUAUCAAAUAAAAAUGUCAAACUAUUCCUUCAUCUGUUUUCUCGCGUGGAGAGAGUUUACGGGUCGCCAUUUCGAUGGACUGCUCGCGAAGGUAAUGGUGAUUUUGAUCACGUUGAAUUUAGAUGAAUAAACAGUAUCAUUGUAAAAGAAUGAUACUUGAAUACUAUCGUUCUCAUUGUAAUUUCAACUAUUAUCUAAACACACUGUUGUGAUGCAAAUAUUUUGUUAUACUUGUAUUUAUUUAACGCGGAAUGUCUAUUAUAGGAUAUAACGUGAAUGAUGUGUGAAAAGGGAUAAUUAUCAUUCUAGUCAUGUUUCAAUAACUGCCAUUUAAAACUCCGGUUUGCAAUAUUUUUUUUUUUCAAGUUAAACGUUAGUGCUUUUUUAGAUCAUUUUUAAGGAAAAAAUGAGAACACCUCGAUUCGAUUUGGCAAACACUGUUUGAUAUCUUUUUGGUUUCGAACCGUGAACAAGUGAAAAACGUCACAACAAGUGCAAGGGGUCGAACGUUAGCUGACAAACAUUAACAACACAUCAUUUUCGUUUCAACCAAUUUUAUGUCUGUACACUAUUCAUCUGUUUAUCAUGUUCAUUUUGAGUUGAUUUCGUUAUUCAUAUAUUUUUAGGGAUUUGACAAAUUCCGACAGGUCAGCAUUUUUUUAAAAUCAUGCAUUAAAAUAUCAAUUUAGACAUGUCGGACAUUUUUUUUCAACAUAUUCACUCUUAUUUCUGAAUGGUCAAAUAUGUGUUCGAAUGCCUCAAGCUGGAAGUAAACCCUUUUCGAGUCAAACUGACUCGUUUCCAAGUUACUCUGACUCAGAAUGUGUAUUUUUCAGCUGAUGCCACACCAUUCCGAGUCAAAACAAUUUGGAACUCUAGUCACUUUAACUUGGAAUAGAGCUGACUCGUGGUUGACACCCAAUUUCGAGUCAAAUUUGACUCCGCAGAACUAAAAGUGUAAAUUGAUAACUGCAGAGAGUAUGCAUUGAAACAAAACGAUAAUAAUAAUGUAGUGUCUUUUUUGUCAGAAGAGUAAUUAUACUAUAUGUUUAAAACAGUUAGUGGUUUCGGGAGGAAAACACACUCGUUUUGGAGACAGUCCACUAUUUUUUUACAUCGUUAAUGAAUAGCUAACAAUAUCUUAUUAGAAUAAGAGAAAGUGACAAUAAUAUUGAGAUAAAAUCCCAUGUUUACAACGUGGAUAUAAGAUGAGAUGACGAAAGACGUAAAGGAACUAUUCUUGUCGUCUCAUCAACAUUUUAGACAUUCUGUUCCAGUUUGAUUUAUUGUUCUUAUUCUCUUUACGUUUCUAUGGUAACGCUUUUUUCACUUCGUGAUAUUCGAUGUUUAAUUUGGUGCCUUUAUAAUAAGGGUUUUUACAUGGUCACCUAUCUGUUCAGUAUCUGACAUUUUACACGUUUCCUAGUUGUAGUUGUUCUUUUAUAUUAAGUCAGGGUGAAAUGUACAUACUAAGCACCACACGCCACGUCUGAUUUCUAACUGAAUAAUUAUUUCAUCAGUAUUCCGGAGUUUGACAUUACCUUAACAGCUAAAUAAUUGAACAAACUUUUUUUACCAAUAAAAAUAAACAAAUUCAACAAUCGACUUGGUGGCAGGGGGAUUUUUAAAUUUUGAUAGGAAAUUUACAACAACUUCAUCCCGAAAUAAAAUUUUUGAAUCAACCAGACGUGUUUCACACUGUAGAGUUCAGUGGUCUUUCAUACUACUGUUAAUGAAAUCGCAUGUGACGUCACAAACUAUUAAAUUAUGAGGUGCCAAGUAAAAUGCUAAUAGUUUUAUGCAAUAUUAAAGCAAUUAAGCUUUGACAGUGUUUUAUAUACAGUAUAACGCCAACAAGUUGUAUUUUUCCUUUUCAUUUUAAUAAUUAUGAUUUUCGAUAUUGACGCAGUCGUUGUUUAUACAAGCACAUGUUUCAACUUAAACUGAGAGAAAGUAGUGCUUGAAGAACUUAUUUGGCUUGCCAUAAAUAAUUUGGUUAUAAAGUCAUUUGUAACUUCAUGAACAGAUUUCUGAAACACCCACGGGCCGAAUUAUUGCACAAUGCACUGAACUUAAAGCGUUAAAGUGAAAAAGUUUCACGAUAGAUAGUCCAUAGCUGUAUAUACGAUGUUUUGCAUGUAAGAAAUGGUUUUAAACAUUGCUUUUAGAGUAUUAUAUACAGGUACAACACAUUUCAUCGUUGUUACGGAUGAUAUGUUUGCUUAAAUACUGUAUAUACGUGUAUAAAUUCAUGAAAAUGUGAACGUCGAAAUAAUAUCAGUUGAAAUACGAUAACUA